AUUCGUGGACCAUAUCCACUAUCAAAGCGAUAUUUUUCGGCACUAACCUUUCAAUUUACUAAUUUGAUCGGUGUAGGUAUUUCGUAAAACCCAUAAAAGAAUAGAUAUCAGUAUGGGACGCUCAUGUUAUUUCAAUUGCAUUGAUGCGAAACGUCUUUAUGGAUUUCCUAAAGAUCCUGAAGAAAGAAUGGCAUGGUGCAAUAUUGUUGGUGCAGACUUUGCUCGGGUACGACCCAACACCAAACUUUGUGAAAAACAUUUUGAUCCCAAGUAUUUAGGUGUAAAAAAUUUGAAGAGAUAUCUUGUCCCUCCAGUUAUAGCUCCUCAACAAAAUGAAAACAAUCAGACCCUUCCGAAGAAUGACGAAAUUCAGUCCCUUCCGAAGAAUGAGGAAAUUCAAUCCCUUCCAAAGAAUGAGGAAAUUCAGUCGCUUCCAAAAAUUAAAGAUCCUCAACACAAAGAAAACAAUCAGCCCCAUCCGAAGAAUGAGGAAAUUCAGUCACUUCAGUCUAAUACUUCCUUCUCCGAAGGCGAAGACACCAUCAAUUUCCCAAAUAAGCCGUUGAAGACCUGCGGUUCCAUCAUUCCCUUGAAAAAGAGAAAAAUAGCUGAGUCAAAAAAUGUAACAUCUUGCUGCAGUUGUGAUUGCCAUAAAAAACCGGACACUAGCCCCCAAAAGCUCGAGAAGGGAAAACUUCAAACCGAGGCGGGUUCAUUGGAGAAGCUAAUUUCCGAACAUAAGAAGCAAAUGGAAAUAGCAGGCAAGGAUUAUGAAAAACUAAUGCUACAAAACACCAAAUUAAACGCUGAAAUAGAAUCUCAUAAGGAAAACAUUGAGGAGUUAUCGAAAAUUAUUUUUGGCCUGUCGACGGAUAUAGAAUCGAAAGCUCCCAAAUUUGCAAGAAUGAUAUGCGGCAAAACCAAUAGAUAUUCGACGGACCAAUUGGACAUAGCUCAAAGUAUACACCAUGUCUCACCGAAAUGCUAUAGAUUCAUGAAAGAGGACCUUAGUUUUCAUCUGCCAAGUCCAUCCACUCUAUUGAAACUGCGUCCACCAAGUUCUAUAGAAACCGGAAUAGAAAACAACGCAGAAGUACACCAGAAAGAAGUUGCUGCAUCAUUCAAUAAAGAAGAACAACAAUGCGAAAUGAUAUUUGGCGAAAUGGACUGCCAGCCUUCUCUGGAAUGCGAUAUAUCCCACGAUAUCAAAAUUGAGCUAUAAGGGCGAUAACCAACUGCAUCACUCACAACCUCAUAAUACAGAACAUGCUUGCAGAAUUAUGAAUAGGAUGACGUAACCAAUGCGAUUUUAUCAUACCAACUAAAUAUAGUCGUUGGUAGACCACCCAUUGCAAAUGAGGAGAAAGGCCCGCCUAGGA